UUUGACAGUACCAGACGUUUAAAGCUCUAAUUCUUAAAGACACAAUGGCGUAUAUUCCCUAACCCGGUUGUACCAUUUGAUUCUGUGGGCUUUCAUGUCAGCGCUGCAUGUGUGUAGUCAGUGAUGCUAGUUCAUGCUCCUAGUAGCUCUGUACAUCAGUUAGCCUUAUCUAACAUGACAGACACACACGCCCGUCAGUGGCGCCACUAUUUAACGAUAUUUGGUCAAAAACAGACGAGCGCUGCCGUGUGUGACAGACGCUGCAAUGUUUGUUUAUCUUCUGUUGCCUCAGCUACUUUUCUGUAACAGCUCUGUGUCGCAGCUUUCGGGCUGCCCUCUAGGCAUGUCUGCGUCUGUGUCCAACAUGUCUGUGGACUGGGUAGGAUAUGGAUACGCAGCCCUCAUCGCAUCCGGGGGAGUCAUUGGCUACGCGAAAGCAAAAAGUGUCCCCUCCCUUGCUGCUGGUCUUCUUUUCGGCGGCCUUGCAGGCUUUGGUGCCUACCAGAUCUCCAACGACCCUAAAAAUGUUUGGGUGUCCCUCGCCACAUCAGGAGCUCUGACUGGCCUCAUGGGAAAGAGGUUCUAUGGAUCCAAGAAGUUCAUGCCAGCUGGCUUGAUGGCUGGAGCAAGUCUUCUGAUGGUGGGAAAGCUUGGAAUGACACUGCUCCAGAAACCCCAGGAGUCCUAAUGGAGUGAAGAUUUUGAUGUGUGCUCCAUGUUCUGUUUCAGUAGCAGCGUGUCAGUAUUUGUCACUGACUGUGGAAAGUUAAUGUCAUUUUGUAAAAAAAAACAAACAAAAGUGUAUAUUUGAGGAUGAAAUAUAGUACCCUGUUUAUAUAA